GGUGCAAUGUUAAUGAAACAAAUAAUGUUUUCUUUAUUUUUUCAUGUUUGCGUUCGUGACAUGAUGUAUUGAUCAUGAGAAGAUGCGUUUUUAUGUAAAAGUAUGAAAUUCCAAACCAGUGUUGACAGGUAUGCGCGAUCACCAUCCAGUAAUGAUGUCAUUAUGUCUGGCAUAGUGGGGAAGAACAAUAAGAUUAAUACUUUCCCUGCACUAUGAUUCAACAAGUGCUUAAGCAUGCGAAAAUCCUGUGUUAUAAGUACGAUUAAAGCAUUUACAAAGUGUGAUUCAACGCUUACUUUAAAAGUCACAGGUGGGAAUAUUAGGAAGGAUUUAUAUUAUUAAAAUACUGAAUGUAGCCUGUGCAUCGGGCCGACUCGUCGAGUGGGGGCUUAAAGUGCUGUGGUUAAGGCAGACUUAUCACUCAAGUCUAUGCCGUCGGUCAGUAGAGCUACAGUGUUUACUACGGAGUCUUUCUGUAAUUAAAGUGGUUAAUUAAUUUAAUAUUGGUCUAUCUGUUGAGGAAACUAGUGAAUUGUGAUCAGCGAACAUCAACCGAAUCGGUUUUUUUUAUAAAAUGAAAUGGAGAUUAAUUACAUCAAAUAUUUCGAGUAACAUAUAAAAAUAGUAAUAUUCAACGUAUUUACAUUAAUAUUCAGCAGCUACGAAAAUACUUGAAAACAAAAGGAGUGUAUUAAACACACCACUGUGACGACAAUUUGGAAUGUUUAUUUUCUUAGAAAUCAUAUUUACGUAACCUGGGAUCAAACAUAAACAUGACACACGUUUCAUAAUGUUUUAAAUACAUUAAACGUAUUUGAUACAUUCCAAAAUUGUAAAGGAUAUCAUUUAUAUGAUUGAAAGGAUUUUACUGGAAAAUACCAGCUGGAAACGAUUGGACUUAAAUUAUGACGUCAUUUACGUCAUGACGUUGUAAAAAUAGUUAUAUGGGUGUUGGAGAAACGUGUUUUCUGUGACGUAGGGUGGCGCGUGACAAUGCCCCACGCGCCCGUGACGCAGUGAUAAUGUACCCACGCGCGUGGUUAUGUGUCUUAGCAAUGUCCUGGAUCGCAGUGCCGAUGGCGUCGGCUAACUCUCUGUCUGUCUCCGAGAUACAAGCUACAGGAAAGGUUUUGUUCCGUGCCCUCCGUGACAGCGAGGAAUUGUGCAAGGUUCGGUGCAAGUCUCGGAAGUCGAGGAUCAUGUGCGGGUCCGACGGGACCUCGUAUUUGUCCAAGUGUGAACUCAAGAGGGCCAGAAGGUGUGAGGGCAAGAAAGUCACUAUUGUGAAGAAAGGGAAAUGUGCAGACGAGGAUGUUCCAGUGACCAAAUGUUUUCAAGAAAAGGAGGAGGCACUGCGCUCUGUUGCGGACGGCGCCGAGAACGUCUUCAUCCCGGAAUGCAACACGGAUGGCACUUUCCGGGAAGUACAGUGUCACAGCGCUUCCGGUUUCUGCUGGUGCGUCUCCGAAGAGGGUAAGCCGUUCCCCCGGACAUCAACAAAGGACGGACAGCCUAACUGUAAGGCAAAAGAUAAAACAGACAAUCGACCAAAAACAAAAUCCAGAGUAAGACGAAAAAAAGGAAAAAAGAAUCGAAAAUCCGACAAAAGAAAAUCUUCUAAACGUUGUACAAAUAAAGAAAAAUCAAGAUUUAAUUCCAAUUUAGUUCGAGUUUUUACUGAAGAGUAUGAUCGAGCAAUACGCAAUGUUUUAUCUACAGUUCCAGACACUAAAGAUCCGCUGAUGGACACCUUAGAAAAACAGGUUGUUGAGUGGAAGUUUUCACAGUAUGACUCAAAUGGUGAUAACCUCCUUCAAAUAAAGGAAGUGAACGGCUUAAAACGAUUAGUGAAGAAGUUUAUAAAACCCCGCUCUUGUGCAAAGCGGUUUCUCAAAUUCUGUGAUCCAGAUAAAAACAAACUUAUAGAGCGCCAAGAAUGGUCAAUCUGUCUGGGUGUCGAUAUUAAUAUUUCUUUUCGAUUGUUUAUCUAUCUCAACUCAGACGAAGAAGGGAAGAGAACAACGACGCCACCUAGCGAUGCGCAGUCGUCAGGUGAAAGUUUAGACUUACAUAGCUUUCUAAAUAAGAACCCCUCCAGGGACAAAUCACCAUCAUCCUCAUCUCCCUCUUCGAAAACACACAAGGGGGAGAAAGAGCGGCAGCCGCCCCCGUCCCUGCCUGCUCUCAGCCUGGGCGACGCGUGGACGGACUUCAGCCGCCCCAGAGAGGACGUCAAGGCCGAGAAACAUGUGAGUGACUGUCGGACGGAGCGGGAGGGCGCACUGGAGCAAGACCAUGACAAUCCGGACGCUGGGAUCUUUGUCCCCACGUGCACACCAGAAGGCACGUGGGCGCAUGCACAGUGCCACAACUCGACCGGAUAUUGCUGGUGCGUGGACGAAAACACUGGACGGCCGAUAGUUGGGACGUCUACACAUGGGGUGCGACCGGACUGUGACUUCGUGAAGGAGAGGGAAAUACAGGCCCGUAUUCCUGUAGGUUGUACAUAUGCUGAGAAGCAGACGUUUGUUGCUGACCUUGUGGCCGAAAUCUCCAAGGAGAUGAAGGAAUAUGCGCUCAACCCGAGCACGGACCAUAGUCUACUGGUGACGGAGCCCAACAUGAGUCUCCAGGAGCGGUCUGCCAGGGGGCGCUUCAACACGCUUGAUGGGAACAAAAACAAGGUUAUAGACGACGGUGAGGCCGAGGAGUUCCGAGCGACGACGAUAAAGAACGCUCAGCAGAAGCAGACGAGAAAGUGCGCGCGCAAGUUCGUGCGUUACUGUGACGAGAACGAGGACAGCCAGAUCUCCGUGGAUGAGUGGGUCGACUGUCUCGGCAUCACAAGGACAGUGAACGUCAACCUUCCGUCCAAUCCUAAACGAAUUGGAGUGAAUCCGUUUGACACGUACCUGAGGGACAAUUAGAGGGUCGACCGUGUUAUGGACACGUGCUUCACUUAUCACGUGCAUGUAAAGUGAGGUUGCGGACAGACGGUUAGCUCUGCAACUAUGAAUUUGAUUCUUUGGUUAAAGUCUGUGAUUUAAUUGUAUGUGCACCAGAGACAAACAACAGAUAAACGGACAAUCUGUUAAAGGCGGUCGUUGUUCACCGGAAAUGACACUGUUGUGCAAAGCCAGAAAGCAACUUCCGGUGCAUAACCAGACAACGUGAAAGGAAUUUUAUUCCGAUAAAUGUACAGUGACGUCAGAAAAUCGCAACCAAGUUCAUCGAGUGCAUAUUUUAGGGGAUUUUGAAACCUAUGUGUGCCUUUCCACCGAAAGGCGGAAUAAAAAACACUGCUUAUGAGCCAUAUCCGACGCAAAUAAGUUUCUUUUCUUCAACUUUAUAAUAAGUAAAAACCUGCAUAAUAUUAACGUUAAAAUUGUUUUGUAGCAAUUAUUGUGACAGUUCAAGUGACAUUAAUAACUUUGAAGUUCGUUUUAAAAGAAGUUAUUGCUUCUUUCUUGUAAGUUCAUUACAUUUAUUUAUUGGAAAAACUUUUUUUAGAAAACCACAUUUUGUAUUGAAGCCGAAACGAUUUAAUUACCUAUGGGAGACAAAUAUUCUUACAUCAUAGAACAGGAAAGAAAAAAUAAUAAGUGUAGAAUAGUUUCCAUUUCAAAAUGAAUCUAAAUAAUUUGUCUUUAUUGUUUGUCCAUUCAUGUAGUAUUGUAAAUUGUAAACAGUUUAUGAACACACAGAAUUUGUUGUAAAAAUGCUUUUUUCUAUAAUUUAAUGAUAAACAUGCCUUCUCUGCAUUUAUAUGAAUAUGAUUACAAGCAAAAUAAAAAGUGAAAACAAAUACAA